AUGAAACAUUCAACACUGUACAACAAACCAAAGGCAAUGCUAUCAUCUGUCUUUGUUGUAUCCUGGCUCAUCCUUGGCUUAGUUAGCUGCAGUAUCAGUGCUACAAUUCGUUCUGAUCCAACAAAUGUCGGCAUCGAUGUAGCUCUUCUUCGCGGCUACACACGUCAACAGUACACAAGAUCGGUCAUCGACUUUUGGACUCCAGAGCGAAUGGCUUCAGCGAUACCAGCCGAGCUAACCAUUACUGGAAUGCAUCCUAUGCCUGUAUCUAAUAAUAAUCAACAAAGUGGAGUCGAAAGAGUUUUAACGCCGAGUGCCUCUACGAAUGGUAUUCGCGCCUACCGACCGACAGCAGCUGGCAGAGCUUUCUUUAUGUUUGGUGAUAAGACCUACGUGUGUUCCGGUUCAGUAGUCAACGCUAAAAAUCGCGAUACAAUCGUUACAGCCGGUCAUUGUGUUGUUAAUACUACCAAUAAAGCAUAUGCAGACAAAUGGAUGUUCGUUCCUCAUUACCACUCCGGUGAUCGUCCCGUAGGUACUUUUGUUGCACGCUAUUUGGCAGUGAAAAAGCAAUAUUUAGACAAAGCCGAUAUGAGUUUUGAUGUUGCAAUUGUUACAGUGGAUGUUAACGAACAGAAUGAACAUGUUCAAGAUGUAGUAGGUGCCUUUGGUAUUUCUCUCAAUGCACCGGUACAAGCAGGAAUACAUGCGUUCGGUUUUCCAAUGAAUAUGAAUAACGGUGAGACACUGAGCAAUUGUAUUACUACGUCAAAGAAAGCAUCAAUUUUUCUGAUGUCCUCAUAUGUUGGUAUAACGAUCAAAUGUGGUAUGGGUGGAGGUGCAUCCGGUGGUCCGUGGCUUCAAAAAUACGACACUAAUACUCGGUUAGGCCAACAGGUCUCAGUGACCAGCUUCUCGCAUACACUUUCACCUGGUAACAUACAUGGUCCUCAUUUCAAUGAUGCCAAUAUCGGUUCAUUAUUUCUUGAAAAUCAAAAUAACUAA